AGAAUAAUGGGGUCUACGAGCACAAUAUUGUACCAUCUUCCCGACGAAAUAAUCGAAGAAAUAUUGUCCAAUUUGCCGGUGAAAUCCCUAUUGAGAUUCAAGUGCGUCUCGAAACGAUGGCGUUUUUUAAUCUCCAGCAAACAAUUCACCAAACACCACCUCAAGAAAUCGAGAACAAAUUUGAGCCAUCAAAAGCUCAUCAUCUUAAACACCGACGUCAUCGACCGCAGUUUCGCUUACCUCAUCGAUCGCGGUUUCAAGUCGUGCUCUCUCCUUUCUUCACUCGAUAAUUCGACCAUCGCAAGUUUCGAUCGUCCUCCAUUAAUGAACCAUAUCCGCUACGGCUGUAAUAAUAUUCUCCGUCGGAAAUAUUUCAAUCCAGCCACCGAUAAUUUUGAUGUUUACGAUUACAAUAGUUAUGUGCAAUACUACCCUAGUGAUAGUUAUAUACUCGAGAUAUUGGGAUCGUGUAACGGGCUAGUACUCAUCUCGGUAGACAGGGCAAAUUUAUUCGUAUGGAACCCUACGACACGACGAGCCAAGAGAAUUGAUCCGCCCGCAUGUCACGCAUUUAGCGACGACUUAUGGGAUAUCCAUCGGGGAGCUUUCGCGUACGGAUUCGGGCACGACGAAAUCGCCGACGAAUAUAAAAUCGCGUGCGUUUUCUUCACAUAUAAAGAAAAGCCGCGCAGGACCGCCACCGAGAUUUAUAGUUCGAGGACCGGUUCUUGGAAGAAAAUCGAGGAUUUCGACAUGGCUAGAUUUAGGAGGCUUAGGUUUUUCAGUUGCGGCAAGUUUAUGCACGGCAAGUGUGUGAACGGAAAGCUGCAUUGGCUGACGGAUCCGAAAGAGUGUGUUUGUUGGGAAAUUGUUUCUCUUGAUUUGUCGGAGGAGAAAUAUGGGAUCGUGGGCCGGCCCGAGUACUUUUCGAAUCAUGCGCACUAUCGACCACGGUUGCAUGAAUUGGGAGGGUAUCUAAGUUUGACUAAUCUUAAUGAAAAUUACAGGGUGAAUGUUUGGGUUAUGACAAAGUACGGCGAGACGGAAUCUUGGGUGCGGUUUUUGACAACUAAUUGUGAUGGGAUGGUGCGCGGAAUAUUCUUGUGCCCGUUGUGGUUGAUGAUCGAGAAUGGAGAUAUCGUAGUGGCCAACCCGAAGUCUCGCGGAUUGGAUGUGGUUUUUUGUAAUGGGGGUAAUUUGUUGCAUACGUUUCGAGUUGACGAUGUUUUUACCGACGAUUCUAGUGUUCAGAACUUCGAUGCCAAUAUCUACGUCGAAAGCUUAGUUUCGCCGUUCGGGGAUGAGUAACUCACCUCAUUUCAGUGGUACUUUAUAUAUAUAGAAUCAUUAGCUUUAGUUUUUCUUUUUCUUUUUCCUUUUAAUUUAAGAAAUAUGUUUUCUAGUUUAUGAGUAUUUUGUACUCUUUUAAUUAUAGAAAAUUGUUGUGCGAUUUCAAGAUGUUGAUCGGAACCAGUUGAGCUACUACCCAUGCGGGCAUGAAUUGUAAUUUUUAUUUAUAUGGUUAGUUGCCGACUCCUUCGUUACCCCAGUGUAUA